UCUGUCGGCUGCCUCCGGUGACGUAAUUUGUCACAGCCAAAAGGAAGGAAAAAAAAAAAAAAAAACACUGAAGAUGGCGGCGAUGUGUGACCGGGAGUGAAGGAAGUUGCCCGUAGCCCGGUGUAGCUGCAGUUCGGAAGCCGUGUAUUCAGGUCUUGCAGCAGCUCAUUCGAAGUGGUCAUCUUGUUCUUCCGUUAUGGAUUUUGAACUCUCUUCUUCCCACGCUGAGUGAGCAAGGAGGCUGGGCCGCCAUGGAGAAGAAACGCAGAAAGAAAUGAGCAGUGCACCCAGCCUACUGGCCUCUGACAUGCCGACUUUUCUGAACCCCUAGAACUGUUUGUAGUUACCCGGCUGGACAUUGCCAGUGCCAGCUCUGUGUGCUGAUCUUGCCUCCGCCAACACGGGCCGUGACGUCGCCAUAGAAAUUUCAUGCCGCAUUUUAUGAACAUGAGGUUUGCAAAGUUCUGGCUGAAGCUGGUUGUGAUAUUACUGUGUCUGAAGAAGCACCAGAGCUCCCAGCCGGGAAACUCGUCCCGUGAACCCGAACCCUGUAAUGGCUGCUCCCAUCUUACACUUAGUGUGGAGUUUUCUUCAUCGGUGGUGGAACAUGAAUACAUUGUAGCAUUCAAGGGAUACUUCACAGCCAAUGCAAGAAGCAAGUUUAUCACCAGUGCACUGAGGAGCCGAGGGAUCGAGGACUGGAGGAUUGUACCGAGGAAUAACCCUGCCAGUGAUUACCCUAGCGACUUUGAACUGAUUGAGAUCAAGAGUGAUCAGCGUGAUGGGGUGCUGACAUUAGAAGACCACCCCAACAUCAAGCGAGUCACCCCACAGAAACGCGUUUUCCGUACGCUUAAGUUUGCAGAUGAUGAACCUUCAGCCUCCUGCAAUGAUACAAAGUGGAGUCAGAAAUGGCAGUCAUCUCGUCCGCUCAGAAGGGCCAGUCUGUCCCUCAGCUCUGGAUUCUGGCACGCUACAGGGAGGCACUCUAGCAGGCGUCUCCUGAGAGCGAUCCCACGGCAGGUUGCUCAGACUCUUCAAGCUGAUGUAUUGUGGCAACUAGGGUACACAGGCAGCAAUGUAAAGGUUGCUGUGUUUGACACUGGACUGAGCGAGAAGCACCCACACUUUAAGAACGUGAAGGAACGAACCAACUGGACCAAUGAGAAAACCUUGGAUGAUGGACUUGGACAUGGGACUUUUGUGGCAGGUGUCAUUGCCAGCAUGCGAGAAUGCCAGGGACUGGCUCCAGACUCUGAGUUACACAUUUACCGGGUCUUCACCAAUAAUCAGGUCUCCUAUACGUCAUGGUUCCUUGAUGCUUUUAAUUACGCCAUCCUUAAGAAAAUAGACGUACUGAACCUGAGCAUUGGGGGGCCGGACUUCAUGGAUCAUCCUUUUGUUGAUAAGGUUUGGGAGUUAACAGCCAAUAAUGUGAUCAUGGUUUCUGCAAUCGGAAAUGAUGGACCACUCUACGGGACUCUGAACAACCCAGCAGACCAGAUGGACGUCAUAGGAGUUGGUGGCAUUGAUUUUGAGGACAAUAUAGCUAGAUUUUCUUCAAGAGGGAUGACCACAUGGGAACUUCCAGGAGGGUAUGGCAGGAUGAAGCCUGACAUUGUAACCUAUGGUUCUGGGGUGAGAGGAUCUGGAAUGAAAGGUGGUUGUCGCUCCCUAUCUGGCACAAGCGUUGCUUCUCCUGUCGUGGCUGGAGCAGUGACUCUGCUUGUUAGUACUGUUCAAAAGAAGGAGAUGGUCAAUCCAGCCAGCAUGAAACAGGCUCUCAUUGCUUCAGCGCGCAGACUUCCAGGGGUCAAUAUGUUUGAACAAGGACAUGGCAAAUUAGAUCUUCUUCGAGCCUACCAGAUCCUUAACAGUUACAAGCCACAAGCCAGUUUAAGUCCCGGGUAUGUUGACCUAACGGAAUGUCCCUACAUGUGGCCAUACUGUUCCCAGCCUAUUUACUACGGAGGGAUGCCAACCAUUGUAAACAUCACUAUUCUCAAUGGCAUGGGAGUCACUGGAAGGAUAGUGGACAAGCCUGACUGGCAGCCAUAUCUCCCACACAAUGGUGAUAACAUUGAAGUUGCCUUCUCAUACUCGUCUGUGCUGUGGCCGUGGUCUGGCUAUCUAGCAAUCUCCAUCUCUGUAGCAAAGAAAGCGGCUUCAUGGGAAGGCAUUGCCCAGGGUCAUGUAAUGAUUACCGUGGCAUCUCCAGAAGAAAACGAGAAGAAUGGAGCUGAACAGUUCUCUACGGUUAAACUGCCAAUCAAGGUCAAGAUCAUUCCCACUCCGCCCCGUAGUAAGAGGGUUCUUUGGGAUCAGUAUCAUAACCUCCGUUACCCACCAGGCUACUUCCCAAGAGAUAACCUAAGGAUGAAGAAUGACCCCUUAGACUGGAAUGGUGACCAUAUUCACACCAACUUCAGAGAUAUGUACCAGCACCUGAGAAGUAUGGGCUACUUUGUAGAAGUAUUGGGCUCACCCUUCACAUGCUUUGAUGCCAGCCAGUACGGAACUCUGCUUAUGGUGGAUAGUGAAGAAGAAUUUUUCCCUGAGGAAAUCACUAAGCUCCGCAGGGAUGUGGCCCAUGGGCUGUCAUUGAUUGUCUUCAGCGACUGGUACAACACCUCGGUUAUGAGAAAAGUCAAAUUCUAUGAUGAGAACACCAGGCAGUGGUGGAUGCCAGACACCGGAGGUGCCAAUAUACCAGCCUUAAAUGAUCUUCUGUCAGUUUGGAAUAUGGCUUUCAGUGACGGCAUAUAUGAAGGAGAUUUUACUAUGGCUAAUCAUGACAUGUAUUAUGCUUCUGGCUGCAGUAUUGCCAGGUUUCCAGAAGAUGGCGCUGUUCUGUCACAAACAUUAAAGGACCAAGGACUUGAAGUGUUAAAGCAAGAAACCUCUAUGGUUGAAAAUGUUCCUCUGCUAGGACUCUACCAGACGCCGGCUGAAGGAGGGGGCAGAAUUGUGCUAUAUGGAGACUCCAAUUGCUUGGAUGACAGUCAUCGGCAGAAAGAUUGCUUCUGGCUUCUUGACUCCUUACUCCAAUACACUUCCUAUGGAGUGUUGCCGGCAAGUCUCAGCCACUCUGAAAAUAGACAGAAGCCUCCAACUGGUGAAGGGAUCCCACCGCCAGAGAGAAUGGAAGGAAAUCAUCUUCAUCGCUAUUCCAAAGUGUUAGAAGCUCAUUUGGGAGACCCCAAACCUCGACCAUUGCCAGCUUGUCCUCAUUUAUCCUGGGCCAAACCACUGCCCCUCAAUGAAACUGCUCCUAGCAACCUGUGGAAACAUCAGAAACUGCUAUCAAUAGAUCUGGAUAAAGUGGCUCUACCUAACAUUCGUCAAAAUCGUCCACAAGUGAGACCAUUGUCACCUGGUGAAAGUGGAGCCUGGGAUAUGCCUGGAGGAAUUAUGCCCGGACGCUAUAACCAGGAUGUGGGCCAGACCAUUCCCGUCUUUGCGUUUCUUGGUGCUAUGGUAGUACUGGCUUUCUUUGUGGUACAAAUCAACAAGGCCAAGAGCAAGCCAAAGAGACGGAAACCUCGAGUCAAGCGACCUCAACUUAUCCAGCAGUUUCACCAACCAAAGACUCCGUCUGUCUGAGCUACAAGACAGAUCUAUGAGCUCUGAAACAAACUAGUCCUAUAGGUUUUCUCUGACCAAAACUGGACAUCGGUGGGAAUGGCUUCUUUUAUAUAUUUAUUAUGUACAAUAAAUCCCUUAUUGAAGGGCUUCUCACUACCAAAAAGGGACUGGGGCAAAUGCAAUAUGAUAAGAAGAUUUGUGCUCAGCACAAACCAAAUCCAGACACGUUUAAAGAGGACGUUUACCCCAAAUCAGUGACUUUUAUUUUUAUACAUGUGUUUUUGUUUUUUUUGUAAUUUUGACCUUGAUUCCAUCUUCACUGGUGGAUUUUGUUUUCAAUAAAUAAGCAGCUUGUAAUAAAGCACAAUGUACUGCCCCCUA